UGUUACUUUUCUCAGAUAUCAUUGAGAAUUCAAUGAGAAGAGAGCAGGUGGAUGUCUUCACAAUGUGAGAGUUUUCCAUCUGUGUUGACUUCCACUCACAACUGCUUAUCGUAUGUUCGAAUGUAUUUCAUUUGUUGUUGUUUUUUUCUUUUUGUAGAAAAAUAUUCAUAUUCAAUUACUGUACACGAAAAUAGGGCUGAGGAUGUGAGAUUAAUAUUUAAUGAAGAGUUGUCUCCAGAAAGUCAACUGAGCAUGUGGGUUGGGACUCCUGUGAUACAUGGCAUGUCUGCCUGCAUUUUGAGUUAAUAUUUCCCUUUUUUAUCGAGAGCUAAGAGUCAGCAUGGGUGGAAGCUUAUGAUGGGACCGUUCCAGAUGUGGUCAGGUAUAUUUGGAGACACUGUGACACACUCUGAGACGCAAAGGUGUUUGCAGCCUCUGAACAUGAACAUCAUUAGUGUUUUGUCCAUUCUCGGCCUGCUGCUUGCAACUGCCAGAGCCCAGAAACCCCAACAUUGUGUGAGCCCCCCUCUGAUGAGUGGUGGGGUGUCUGUGUUGGGCCCCGACGGGCUCUUUACGUCCUUUACGUCCACAGGAACAAUCAGCUAUGAUGCUUUUGGCCAGAAGGUUCGUGUUCGAUCCUUUGGCCUGGUUGGAAAUGAAACUGUCACUGUGGACCAGCUGAUGCUUUUCAACAAGAAAAUAUAUUAUGAGAUAGACUGGAGCAAACUUUCUUGCAAGAAGAGGCAUCUAAGCACAGAUUUCAUUCCCAUGCAAGUGCCUGAUGACGCUAAAUUGAUGGGUCAGGCCGUUCUCGGCUCCUCCUCCUCCUGGGGAAUGGGUGUCCUGGUCAACACCUGGUACGGAACCCUGCCCGGCAAUGGCACCUAUAUGAGCGUCUUCACGGAGAUUGGCUGCAUCCCCAUGACGUUCACUGGCUUCACACCAACAAGUGGAUGGACCACUAUAAGCACUUUCAACUGGGUACUUGGGAUCACCAAUCCAAUGGACUUCUUCCCGCCUUUCUUCUGUGCCAUGUCUCAUCUAGAGGAUUCUGAAGCACCUGACACCAUGUUCACUGCUUUGGAGUCUCUGGCGCGGAAAACUGAGAACAUGAAGUAAAGAUCAGGUGUUGUGUUCAUCAGUCAGCCUCUCAUUCAAAAGAGGAACAACCCAUGCCUGCAAACACUCAAUGCAAAUAAAGUCUCUUACGAUAACAAUUGCAAAUAUACACUAUGCUCAUUUGGUUUACUAGUGAAAAAGGCAUUCACUAUAUGCACAGAAUGCCACUUUACUUUCCCAGACAUUUUCUGACAUACGUUCAUGCAAUCUGUGAAGCAUCCUGAGAUCAUUCACGGUGCAAUCUUGAUGUUGUCCACGUCCUGAAAACAGGUCCCCUCGUGACCCGCUUUGAAUUGUAAAAUAUUCACCUCCAGCCAGUUUCGGUGAGUUUGGAAGUUGCUCCAGCUUGGAAUGUUAUCCUCAGCCAGAAAUUGCUAGAUGCUUAGGGCAUGUGAGAAGGUGCAAUGGUGAAGCAGCCACAAGUCCUCUCAAAGCGCUCACCUCUGCACAAUGAAUGUAGCAAACACCGAAGGAUCUCUCUAUGGAUGCGCUAGUUGAUCAUCUGGCCCACUUUGAAGGGUAAAGCCUGCUGUUUGAGUAUGAAAUAUCUUGUGACAGCAGAUCUGAAACUUUUCUGAAAGGUUAUCCAUACAUCCUUUUUUCCGAGCCAUUUAUUCUCACAAGGAUUGCGGGAGUGCUAGAGCCAUUCCCAGGUAUUUUUGAGCAGGAGGCUCGUACACCUUGAACUGAUGGCCAUUCAAUCACAGAGCACAUAUAAACAAACAACCAUUCACACAUACUGGCAAUUUAAAGUCUUCAAUUAACCUACAAUCCAGGUUUUUGGAUGUGUGAGGAAACCGGAGUACCCAGAGAAAACCCGCACAAGUUGGGGGACACCAUGCAAGCUUCAUGCAGGCGAGGCUGAAUUUCAACCCAUGUCCUCAGAACUGUGAGGAAGAUGUGCUCACCAGUAGUUCACGGCGUGACGGGUAUUCUAUACAUCUAAAUUAUUCUAUGUCAAGCCAAUGUAUCACUUCAAAAGUUUCUCAAAAGUAAUUAAAAACAUUUGUCUCAAACUUUGCCUAUUAAACACCUUCUCAUAUUUCUGCAAUACUCACUGUCCUCCAGCAGAGAGAAGCAACAUUCUUUUCCCCUCUAGUAGUGACUAUACCUUUUAUUGUUGUUGUUCCUGAAAAUAAAUACUUGCCACUAACUACU